AUGGACCCAGCUCCCGAAAUCGAUCGGUUAUGGCAAGCGAGUCUUGAAUGGGACAGUAAUUUACCAGAGGACUUAGAUAAGUUAUGGGGUCAAUUUGUAAAAGAGUUGCCGUCAAUCGAUAAAAUAAUGUUGCCUCGACAUAUCGACAUGCGCGUGUAUUCGAAAAUUGAAUUAGUAGGAUUUUCCGAUGCCUCGCUACGUGGCUACGCGGCCGUUGUAUAUUUGCGGGUGGUAGACAGUUCCGGUCAUGCCACGGUGAAUUUCGUCACCUGUAAGACCAAAGUAGCACCAAUCAAAACCACUAAAUGUCAAACUACAGUGCCGCGCCUCGAACUCUGUGCUGCUCUAUUACUCGCUACUACAUUAAAUCGCGUAAAAACCUGUCUAGACAUUGAUAUUUCAAAUAUUUAUGCGUGGACCGACUCUACGGUAGUAUUGUCGUGGUUAACGGUCAGCCAAAAAUCAUUUAAAUGUGAUGACAUUGAGAAUCAAGAACAUAGUGACAAUCCGUCUACUCAAGUAGAAAUUGGAGCACUUCGUCGUCUAUUGCAUGUCAUUCACGGGGACCAUCACGUAAGAGGCAAGCACGAACGACUACUGAAAAAGUGGAGGAUGUGUUGA